AUGGACGGGGCUCCAACGACUCCACCGCGUCGCCGACCAACGCAGCACGCGCACUCUCACCUGCACAAGCGCACCUCGAGCAAGAUCGUCCUCCUCUCUCCCCCGACACCACCGCACGGCGCGCCCUCGAGCAUGCCGUUCCGCAUCUCGCCAGAGUCGCCGGAGAAAGCGGGUGCGGGGAGGUACGGCAGGGCGAAGCUGACGCCUCCGCCUGAGGAGGAGGACGCGGGAGAGGCGCAGGGAGCCCAGGUGCAGCCUGUUUGGAUGAGGGACAAGGGCGCGAAGGGCAGGGCGAGCGGAGGGAGAGGGUGGUCGAGGGCUAAGACGGCGCUCGUUGCGUGCGCGCUCGUUGCGACUGUCUUGCUCUUUGAACGAGGACGGAGAGGAGGAACGGAGAGUGCGUGGUGGGAUGCGAGCGGAGGCGACGAGCGCGAGACGUACGGUCGCGCAAACGAAUUCGUCGCUGCGCCUCUCUCGUCCUCCGCCAGCGACAUCGACCCCGUCAGCUUUUACCCUGCACCGCCAAACCUCCCCCCUCCUCCUCUGCCCGGCGCAGGAAACCCACCUCCGCCAGACCGUUUUCGCAAAAUCGUCGUCGGAAAGGUUCACCAUCCGCCUCCUCCUCCCGCUAUUCUUCAGGACGAAGACGCGCGAAUGCCGACAAGCGACGAGCCGCCGAGGCAUAAUCUGGAGGUCACGUCGGCAACCGACCCAGACACGGCGAGGAAGUUCCUCUUGGUCGGGUGGAUGGGCGAACAGGAAACGAAAGCGCAGGCGCACCUCUACCAGCUCGGCCUCCUCGCCCUCUCGCUCAACCGCACGCUCGUCCUCCCCUCCGUCAAGCGCAGCCGCUUCGGCACCUGCUACUCGAACCCCUUCUCCCUCUACUACGCCUCGGACACUUUCGCGCGCUUCAACAUUCCUUACAUCACCGCAGACGACUUCUACGCCUGGACCGACCGCCAACGAGCGCCUCCGCCUGCUCAAGUCGUCAGUUUCGUCCGAGGCGAGAGGGGACCGGUUGAGAAUGUCGCUAUCUCGCCGCAGAAGAUGUGCCUUGCAGAGCGCAACCUCGACUUUUCGGCGUUCAAGGGCAAGGCGUUCUUCUCGCCCAUGAACGACUGGAAGUCGGUUCAGGCGCGGGAGCAGUUCGGCGAGGAGGUUGUGCGGGACCUGCUGGCGCAAGAGCGGCUGCCGGAGGGACAAGGGGCGGCUACGAUGGAGCGCAAGUCACCCGCCGUUCUCGUCAUCCAGUACAACCUGCGGUACCCCUUCCUGACGCCUUCGGCCAUCACCGCCCUCUCGCCCUUCCGCUGCCCCGAGCCGCUGCCCUACGCGUACUUCCCCUACUCGCCGCACUGGACCUCCCUCGGCCACUCGAUCGCCUCCUCCCUCUCUCCCUUCCUCGCAAUCCACUGGCGCACCGAAACGCUCGAGGUCGACCGCCUCUUACCCUGCGGCGAGACGCUCGUCCGCUCGAUCCGAGCUGUCAAGCAGCAGCAUCCCGAGAUCAAGACGGUCUAUCUCGCGACGGACUACCCGAUCGAGGUUCUCAGGACGCCGGGGAAGGAGAAGGGCGCGACGGCGCACAGUGGGACGAUGACCAAGACCUUGACGCCGGCGCAUCAUGCGGCGAUGAGGCAGUUCUUGGCUGCGCUCGAGGGGGACGAGCUGGUUGAAGGAGGAGCGGACGGCCAGGGUUUGCGGAUCACGACGUUCAUGGACGAGCAGCGGAGAGUCGAGUUGCCUGAGGGUCUUGAGGAACUCGUCGGCAAGGGCGGGCUGGAGGACAUUGACGGAGCGAUCGUCGGUAUCGUCGACAAGAUCGUCCUCAUGAACGCGCAGCUCUUCUACGCCGGCCUACCAGUCGCCGACUCCCCCUCUCGCGGGUGCGCCAAGAACAGCCAGUUCACGACGCAGGUCAUCAGCGGGCGGAGAGACUUGUUGGCGGCGUCGUCGAACGGCGAGUCGAGCAUGUGGAGCGAGGUUGAGCACUUUGCGCUGCCUGGCAGGGCUGGGAAGGCGCGAACAGACACUUGA